AUGAAUCUAACUAAACCAAAUUCAAUGGAAACAUCUUCGAAUGAUUUUUUUCUUCCAUAUCUAGAGAAACCCUCGCCUCGAGAGGAAGAAUCGGCUAAUUUUGUCUGUUAUAUUUGUAAGAAAACAUUCUACAAUGCUAAUGCAUUGCAUAAUCAUAAAACUAUGCACCAUGACUCGAGAGACUCUGGUACCGAAGACGAACAAUCUCUAUACACUACUAACGCUAGCGAUCAGGUUUUCGAUGGUAUUUGCGACUUUAAGUUUGUACCGUUAAAUAGCUGCGAAAAAGAUCCCGUAACGGAACAAGAUGGUAUUACUAAACGCACCUUUAGUGUUGAUACAAGUUAUUUGAUCAUAAGGUACGAGGGUAAUGAAAGUGUUCGUGUGAAAAGAUCGCGAUUAGACAAUAUGAUAAAAAAAAUCCAGUCGAAGCCUGAGAAGAAGCCCGUUGAUUUGCGGGGUCCCUUUACGUGUACUCUUCCUUCAACUUCGUAUCCUAGUACGCAAUGUCGACAGAUAUUUUUUAAUUGUUGCGAAUAUUCUUUACAUUAUCGGGAAGAGCAUACGAAGAGGCGCAAGGCUGCGUUGCGAUGCCAAGUUUGCGAGAAACGUUUGGACAGAAACUUGUAUCAAUCGAGUGCAGUAACAGCGCAGCUCGAGCCUCGCAACGGUCCAUCCUUUUCGUGUCGCACCUGCGGGUUCACUUUCUUAGACAGUUUUCAAUUUGACGAACACAACCGUAUAGUACAUGCUAAAAUGAAACCGCACCAGUGUAGUAUUUGCACGAAACGUUUCACGCAGUUAGGAGGCCUCCAGCAGCAUAUGCGCAUGCAUUCGGGCAUUCGUCCAUUCGUUUGUAAGUUUUGCACUAAAGCGUUCACACAAAAGGCCGGCUUGGAUCAGCAUUUGCGCACGCAUACAAAAGUGAAGCCGUUUAAAUGUAUUAUUUGUUGCAAAUGCUUCUCACAGUCCGUUCACCUGCGACAGCAUAUGCGGACUCACACUAAUAUACAGCCGUUCGGGUGUCCGAUUUGCAAAAGAAGAUUUAAGCAAAGCAGUCAUUUGAAUUUUCAUAUGCGUUCUCACUUCGGGGAGGCGAGUGCUCUAAUAAUGGAGCAGUACACCCAGGCAAUCCAGGGUCAGGGUCAAAUGGAUUACCUGAAUUUAUCUAAUGUUCAGCCCGUUCAAGAUGGCGAAACCAUAUACUACGAAGCACAGUUGACGACGAGCCCAUUAGAAAAUCCACCUACAAAUCCUUAUUUCCUUCCCUUACCCACUAACGAUGUACUGUAG